AUGUCCUAUCGCGGAAGGCCCAGUAAGGGUUGUGAGGCUUGUCGAGCCCGUAAAGUCAAGUGCGACGAGGCUAAACCAUCAUGUACGCGAUGCAGCAAGGCAGGCCACGAAUGCAAAUAUCGCGAUCAAGCCGACAUUCUAUUCCGGAACCAGACAGCUUCUGCUGCUCAAAGAGCAGAGGAAUCAUGGCGGAAGAGAUCAAAGUCGCACCAGCGUGCACCCGCCAGCGAGAAAACCACCAUCGUUGCCAAGACACCACCAAGCAACGGAUCUACUCCUCCUGCUCUGACAGAUGACCAACGCUCGUCCAGUGGCAGUGCACACUCGCCCAGUGGAUCCACUGACGACCAGGCUCAAGAGGCAGCAACCUCAAUCACAUCAAUCAUUGAUUUGAGCAAGAUGACCAUCACUCCCGCAUUGAAUCCAGACUUCCGCCGCAAAGCUUUUGAAAGAUUUGUGUACGAUUUUGUCCUACCGGAUUCCCCGGACAGGGACCCGAAUCAGCCCACCGAUGCCUUGUGGAUGUUUAUGCCAUUGCUUUAUGAGAACGCGCCCCAGGACUCUUUGAUAGCCACAACAGUCGAUGCUGUUUCAUAUGUCAAUUAUGCAAACAGGUGUCAUGACUCCCAUGCAGCCAUAUUGGCUGAAGAGUGUCUUGGCAAGGCUAUUCCCAUGUUGACAAAGUUGAUUGCGGACAAAAAGCAGGCAGCCUCAGACGAGACACUGUGCUCUGUAUAUCUAAUGGGAGUCUACGAGAACUUCACUAACGUGCAACGGAAAGGCACUUUCAUCGCUCAUCAGAAUGGUGCAAAUGCCCUACUCCAGCUUCGAUCGGUCGAGCAGUAUCAGUCCCACCCCAUAUCAGCCAAAAUUUACGAAGUAGCAUAUGGACAGAUGUUGCUAGGAAACCUGCAAUCUGCAAAGCGGCCACCAAUACCUAAAAGAGACGUUGCAAAAGUGGACUCAUACCUCCCAAGUCUCUACAACAACUCCAAUGUCUUCGUCAUGAGCCUUAUUUGGAAAGAGGCAAUGGUACAUGCUAAAUGGCACGAAGUCAAACAAAGCCCCAAUCCGCCUACUAGCCGUCUAGCAUUGUAUGAACUCAUGCAGAAUGCCCUUCAGCUAGAUAUUGCAUUCCAGGGAUGGGAAUCUUCCAUCACACCAGCGUGGAGAUACGAAAUGUUGCCCAACACACCCGAGGUUCGGCGUACCUACAGCAAGAAAUGGCAGGAGCUAUUUCUAGGUUGCCGAGGCGCGCCACCGGAAGUUCACUCAUAUCCCACCAUGAAGAGAUGUUGGAUCUGGGGUUUCUAUCGCACAAGCCGGAUUUUUCUUCUCCGCGAUACGCUUGAGAUACUCAAUUGGAUGUUGAGAUUCCCAGAGCCAAGUGUACCGUUUGUUCCAAUGGGCCCUCCACCUACAGCUCAAGGGCAGUCCAUAUCGGCGGGGCUGAGUGACAGAAAUCUAUGUUUACUUCACUCUGUUACUACAACCCAUUUGGUUGAUGUCAUCGAGAAGAAUUGUUCUGCCAUGAUUGGCAGCUUCACCGUUCCAAUUCACCUCAAGUCCUUUGACGAUCUCUGCGGUAUGCGAGGCUAUAUAUCCCUGUGGCCGCUAGGUGUCAUGGAUUCUGUGCUCAGCUCUGGUCUGGUACCUGAUAGUAACGCAGCCAGCAGUCCGCCAGCGAGCAGCUAUACUUCAACAUCCUCGCCAGCUUACUCCCACUCCCCCCAGACACUACAUCAAAUGUCCCCAGGGAGUUCCGACGGGCGUAGUUCGGGUACACAAGCAGCAAACCACGACUCAUAUGCUACAGCACCACAGUUCACGGAGCUCGCCAGCAUCAUUCCGAAGUCUGAAGGUGAUCAAACCUCCAGCGCGGGUAGCAGUCCAUCGAACAGCACACCCGUAUACGACCAUACUGCAAAGAAAGGCCACAUCUUUGACUCCAACCCUGCACAUCCUUGGGAUCAUCCAUUCAAUCUUCCUUUAUUUGAAAUGGGAAUCGCCGAACCAAGACAGCUCGACGUCAUGGGCAUACGGGAGUGGAUCAAUCGUUUGCUUUACUACAUUGCAUCUGAUCUCGGUGUUAAGAAGGCCCUCUAUGUACCGCUUACAGAGGGUUACAUGUCUACUGUUAAGCCAGCUGUUGAUCAUAUCCUAGGUCGCUGA